GUGCUCUUCCCUCUUCCUCCAUAUAUAGGCUUCACAUCAGAACAAGCAAGAAAGCAACACAGAAACACACAAAAAUAUGAGUAGCGGAAUGAUCUCUACUGGAAGUUAUGCUAGCUUCCACACCGUCUCAAAACCCUAUCUCUCAACCAAAAAAUCCUUUCUUGAGCCAUCUUCUCACCUUAGCUUCAAUACCCAUUUUCCAAAAUCAAGUUUUUAUUCCCUCAAAACUCAUUCCAAAUCCAUCAGAACUACUCCUAUUAAGGCCGCAGCUGCUGAUAGCGUUUGUGUAAACACAGAGAGUUUCUACGAUUUGUUGGGCAUCCCCAAGAAUGGAACUCUCUCAGAGAUUAAGAAAGCUUAUAAACAACUUGCCAGGAAGUACCAUCCUGACGUUUCACCUCCAGGAAGAACAGAGGAAUGCACUAAAAUGUUUAUUCAGAUUCAGGAGGCUUAUGAGACCUUAUCUGAUGCCAAAAGCAGAGCUAUGUAUGACAGAGAUAUGGCCAGAGGCCCAGACUUGCAUACGAGGCUCUCUACCACAAAGCGAUCCCGUUACAAUCGGGGAUUGGAUGACACAGAUGAUUGGACACAGAUAUGGCAGUCGCAGCUUACAGAGCUAAUAAGGAUGAGUAAAUACAGAGAUAUGGGGAGUAUAAGCUGGGGAGCUAAAAUGCGGAGGCAAAGAAGUUAGUGCCCUUAACGAGUGAUCGUGAAACAGAAUUUAAGAUUCUACCUUCGUUAAUACAACACCAACAGAAAAGAUCCUUUCCCUAAAUUUAAGUGGGCACUGGAUGACCCCAUCUAGAUUUUCUUGUGUGCUUAAUCACUCUUUUCAUUAGCGUAUAUGCUUACCUUUCUUGUCUAAUUUUGCCUUUUAGGUGAACGAGGGAAAAUUCUCAUAUA